GACGCAUAUCAGCACUAGAGUCGGACAGUGCGAUCAGAAAGCCUGCCAGCCAGUUUACAGAAGAGACAUACGGUGAGAACAGUCUCAGAAGGCAAGCAAGUUAAAAGCUAGUAGCCUACGAAAAUCCUCGAAGUCGCGCAAACCUGAGUAAUAACGAUUUACAGGACUGGACCAAAACCCCCCUGAGACAACGAGUGAGAGAGAGUAAAAUAAAGAAGCAGUAGAGAGAGGACACCCUGUACUCUGUGUGUCCCGUGCUCCUGGAAGAAGUUUCCUGUAGGCCCCAGAUCCAGGAUCAGCUGCCCAUCCUCCAAUCUCAAUCUUAAUCUCAGGAGGGAAGCACACAACUGAACUGAAAUCAGCAUCUAGAGGAUAACUUCCUCCUAAUCCUGGCGUUUCCUGGCGACAGGUGUUUUUGAUCUACUUCCAGGAUUAGCGAGAGGAGCCACAGCUAAUAGGCUACCAUGCACCGCAUAAGGACUACGGUUGUUAGGCUACGGCCUAUCGCGGCCCCCCAGACAGCCAAGAGCCAAUCACAGGCCAGGUUGGCAGCUGUGGGAGGGGCUUUGAGGACGUUUCAGCCAAUGAGGAGUUACACUGCGUCGGUGUCGGCCGAGCCUUUUCUGAAUGGGACUAGUUCUAAUUAUGUGGAAGAGAUGUACUACGCGUGGCUGGAGAACCCUAGGAGUGUACACAAGUCAUGGGAUAUUUUCUUCCGGAAUGCCAACGCAGGGGCGCCACCAGGCGCAGCCUAUCAGAGCCCUCCUCGUCUGGGUGGUGCUGCUCUGGGAUUGGCUAACGCCCAGGCGAUGGUCGGGGUGCAACCUAACGUGGAGAAGCUGGUGGAGGACCAUCUGGCUGUACAGUCGCUUGUACGAGCAUACCAGAUUCGGGGUCACCACGUGGCACAGCUGGACCCUCUGGGCAUCAUGGCUGCCAUCGACCCAGGCCCUCCCCCCUCUGACAUCAUCACCUCCAAUGACAAACUGGACCUCUCUGGGUAUAAAGAGCGCCUGUAUGAUCUUACUGCUGAAGAGUUCUAUGGUCUGGAUGAGUCCGACCUGGACAAGGUGUUCCGGCUCCCCACCACAACCUUUAUAGGGGGGCAGGAGAGCACUCUGCCCCUCCGAGAGAUCAUACAGCGCCUCGAGAUGGCGUACUGUCAGUCCAUUGGAGUAGAGUUCAUGUUCAUUAAUGACCUGGAGCAGUGCCAGUGGAUCAGACAGCAGUUUGAGAGGCCAGGCAUCAUGCAGUUCACCCUGGAGGAGAAGAGGACCCUGCUAGCCAGAAUGGUUCGAUCCACCAGGUUUGAGGAGUUCCUGCAGAGGAAAUGGUCAUCAGAGAAGCGUUUUGGCCUGGAGGGCUGUGAGUCUCUCAUCCCGGCCCUGAAGACCAUCAUCGACAAGUCCAGCAUGAACGGAGUGGAGAGCAUCAUCAUGGGCAUGCCUCACAGGGGGAGAUUGAAUGUGUUGGCUAAUGUGAUCCGUAAGGAACUGGAUCAGAUCUUCUGUCAGUUUGACUCCACUGAGGCUGCUGAUGAGGGUUCUGGAGAUGUGAAGUACCACUUGGGGAUGUGGCACCGGAGGAUCAACCGGGUCACUGAUAGGAACAUCACACUGUCACUCAUGGCUAACCCUUCUCACCUGGAGGCUGUGGACCCCGUGGUGCAGGGCAAGACCAAGGCUGAGCAGUUCUACUGCGGGGACACAGAAGGCAACAGGGUAAUGUCCAUCCUGCUCCAUGGUGAUGCAGCGUUUGCAGGCCAGGGGGUUGUCUAUGAGACCUUCCACCUCUCUGACCUGCCCUCCUACACCACACAUGGCACUAUUCAUGUGGUGGUCAACAACCAGAUUGGUUUCACCACCGACCCCAGGGUGGCGAGGUCAUCCUCUUACCCUACAGAUGUGGCCAAGGUGGUCAACGCCCCCAUCUUCCAUGUCAACGCUGACGAUCCCGAGGCUGUCGUGUACGUGUGUAACGUCGCUGCCGAGUGGAGGGCGACCUUUCACAAGGACGUGGUCGUCGACCUGGUGUGUUACAGGCGUAACGGCCACAAUGAGAUGGACGAACCCAUGUUCACCCAGCCUCUGAUGUACAAGCAGAUCAAGAAGCAGAAAGGAGUCCUACAGAAAUACGCUGAGAAACUCAUAGCAGAGGGAGCUGUCACCAGACAGGAGUAUGAGGAGGAGAUUGCCAAGUAUGACAAGAUCUGCGAAGAGGCUCACGCUCGCUCCAAAGACGAGAAGAUUCUACACAUCAAACACUGGCUAGACUCACCCUGGCCCGGUUUCUUCAACAUGGAUGGCCAGCCCAAGAGUAUGACCAGUCCGUCUACAGGCCUGACUGAGGAGGAGCUGGGACACAUAGGACACAUUGCUUCAUCUGUCCCUGUGGAAGACUUCACUAUACAUGGAGGUCUGAGCCGUAUACUAAAGGGUCGUGCGACGAUGGUGGGCCAGCGUGUGUGUGACUGGGCUCUAGGAGAGUACAUGGCCUUUGGCUCGCUGCUCAAGGAGGGAACACACAUACGUCUCAGCGGACAGGACGUAGAGAGAGGAACCUUCAGUCACAGACACCAUGUUCUCCAUGACCAGAAUGUAGAUAAGAGGAUCUGUAUUCCCAUGAACCACAUCGCUCCGAACCAGGCUCCAUACACUGUCUGUAACAGCUCUCUGUCAGAGUACGGAGUAUUGGGUUUCGAACUGGGUUUUGCCAUGGCUAGUCCCAAUGCUCUGGUUCUGUGGGAGGCCCAGUUUGGGGACUUCCACAAUACAGCCCAGUGUAUCAUAGACCAGUUCAUCUGCCCAGGACAGGCCAAGUGGGUCAGACAGAACGGAAUAGUCCUACUGCUACCCCAUGGCAUGGAAGGAAUGGGUCCAGAGCACUCGUCAGCCCGACCAGAGAGGUUCCUGCAGAUGUGUAAUGAAGACCCGGAUGCAUACCCUAAAUUCUCUGCUGAGGAGUUUGCUGUGCGUCAGCUGUAUGACUGUAACUGGAUCAUAGUCAACUGCUCUACACCAGCUAACUACUUCCACGUCCUCCGCAGACAAAUACUACAGCCCUUCAGGAAGCCUCUGAUAGUCUUCACCCCCAAGUCUCUGCUGCGCCACCCUGACGCCAAGUCCAACUUUGACGACAUGCUGACAGGUACCCACUUCCAGCGUCUGAUCCCAGACAGUGGUCCUGUGUGUGAGAAGCCAGAUGGGGUGAAGAGGAUUGUGUUCUGUACUGGGAAGGUCUACUAUGAACUGACCCGAGAACGCAAGAACAGAGGCAUGGAUAAUACCGUGGCCAUUGCACGCAUAGAGCAGCUCUCUCCCUUCCCGUUUGACCAGGUGAAGGUGGAGACAGAUCUUUAUCCCAACGCUGACCUGGUGUGGUGCCAGGAAGAGCACAAGAACCAGGGUUACUAUGACUACGUCAAACCCCGCCUCCGCACCACCGUUGACCGCACCCGCCCCGUUUGGUAUGCUGGUCGUGGGCCUGCAGCAGCUCCAGCUACAGGGAACAAAGCAGCUCACCUGGUGGAGUUACAACGCUUCCUAGAUACAGCUUUUAACCUGGACGCAUUCACUGGGCAGUCCUAACACGCUUAUACUAUAAACCCUAUGCCCUAUACCCCUCAAUCUCAACUCUGGACCUCCCAGCCAGUUCCACUGCGUUUUUUCAUUGUCCCCUCUAAUCAGGGACUGAUUUAGACCUGGGACACCAGGUGGUGAUUCCCCUCUAAUCAGGGACUGAUUUAGACCUGGGA